AUGGCUACCGUUCCAAUCCUUGCAGGACCUACAAUCAUUGACGUCCACACCCCCACUACCUCCUUUGCUAUCAUCUACUCUGACUCGGAGGACACCCUGGUCACUCUGUAUGGCAAGUUGAGCAAGAAGGCAGGAGACGAGCUGCGCGGCAACCCCAUCCGCGACGGCUGUGUGAAAUAUGAGUGGAAUAACAGCGUAUGGAAUCUGGACGACGAGUCCGAUUUCGCAAUAUUCGCAUGGAGACUCAAGUCCUCCCCGCCGGGCAGCGAGUCCUCCCCCGUGCUCCACCUGCGCGACGUCGACCAGCCCCUGCCUUCCUCGCACGGCUACCGCAACCCUUCCUUUUACAUGUUCCGGCCAAAACCCGAGACCCCGUCGUCCUCGCUCCCCACGAGUCCGGACAGCUCCUCCGUGCGGACAGGCAGGUCGCGGAAGAAGUCCAUUAAGCCUAAGGACUCGACGCCCAAGCAUAAAAUCGACUUCGAGAGAUUCCACAACGAGAACGGGGUGCGCACAGUGACGGGCAGCAUCGGCCCCGUGAACGACGUCCGCAUGCUGCUCAAGAGCGGCUACCGGCAUGUGUACAUAUCGCGCAAGUUUGCGAUAAAGCACGGGUUCAUCCCCCGGGAUGCUGCGCCCGGCCACUACGGCUACGGCGGGCUGGUCAACCUGGGGAAGUGGCCCAUCGCAGUGGGCCGCACCCGGUCGUCGCACGCCGUCUACUUGUCAGAGGAGUCGCAUUUCGACGUCGUCCUCGGCCGCUCGUUCGUCGAGCGCAGGCAGAUCAAGUUCGACCCUGUCGACCCCACGGACGUGGUCUGUCAGGACACGGGCGAGAAGAUUGACUGCGAGCUCGUUAUUCUCAAGGACGGAAAGGGGCAAAUUGUCACCGUAACAUGA